UGUUCACGUUUCAUGAUUAUAAAUCAUAAUUCUUGGUUCAAAAUCUGAUUGCUGACUUGUGGUAAUAGAAGAUAGACAACAUUCUCCGGUAGCAGUGGAUAGUGACACAAGCUUUCUUUAGCUCUGUUGAAAUUGGUGACUUGUAUAAUACGGAAGCAGAUCACAAAACCAUAGACUUGUUCUUACAUGACAAGAAGGCAGUCUUUUGAUUUGUACACAGAAAAAUACACGACUUGACAAAGACAAAACAAAAUACAACGACCAAAAGUCAUCGGUGAGAAAAAAGUCUCCCACAUUUGUCCCACUUAUUUAUACAUUUCAAUUCAAAAGACGACUUGUCUAAAAAGACCCGUGACUAAAUAAUAAGCUCAUUAGAUUAAAGGGUUUCACAAUAAAGUUGAGAGAAGAUUAAAAAAGAGAGAAUGGGUAGGAACAAUACCAGAAUCCUGAUGCAAUUUUCAGCUCUUGCGGUGGUUUUAACCGCUGCAAUAAUGGUGAAAGAGGCUACAAGCAUUCCCAUUUGCAACAUCGAGACAAAUGACUUGGGAAAAUGUGGUCCAGCUUUCACAGGCAACAACCCGCCACCUCCGGGACCUGACUGCUGCGCAGUGGUCAAAGCCGCUAAUCUACAAUGCCUUUGCCCGUACAAGCCUUUCCUCUCCAGGUUUGGGAUUGAUCCAUCUAAAGUCAGGCCUCUUCUUGCCAAUUGUGGUGUAAACACUCCUCCCUCCUGUUUCUAAGCUUGAAGAACUGAGCUGAACUGCUGAAGAGUGAAGACACGCCGGUAUGCGGUAUGCCGCAUACUAAUUUGUCUCGACCUAAUGUCUCUUAAGCUAUAAUAUGUCUUUUCGUGUUCUAAUUCGAUUAAAUCACCAACUUUGUAAUAUGAUUUUUCAGUUUCAUAGAUCUGUUUACAUGACAA